UCUACAUUACAGGCCGGCAAAUGCUCCAAUCUAGCGCUUCACACAGAGCAGGUGGGUGGGCCUGAGAAAGGCGAGUUUUCAAGCUAAAGCGAACGAAUUCAGCUCAGCUAAAGUAAAACUGAAAGUAACAGAGUGAUAGAGGCCCAACACAGACACAGCAAAACAGUAAGGGAAGCUGAGGCCGAGGAAGGUGAAAGACCCUCUUUAACUACAGUUAUGGCUAAAGUGAUUCGUCUGAAAAUUUCCCAGGACAACCAGGAGAAGGUUAAUGGGUUCCGUGAAGCGCUAUUCAGUCAGGUUCAGCAAUUCCUGUUUGAAUUUGUUCCAUUGAAGAUUCAACAAAUGGAUGAUCUUCUGAAGAGUGAUCUUUUUAAUGUAGAGGACCUGGCAACCCUUCAUACAGAGCUGAAUAUUCCAAUUCCUGAUCCUCCAACUGAGGAGUCUGAGGAUUCAUCUAAGAUGGAGACAGAUAAAGAAGAAAAAAAAGCUCCUCGUUGUGGGUUCCUGAAGGAGAAUGAGAAGUUGCAAAAUGUCCUCAACACCGUUCAGCCUGAGAUUCGGAGGCUAAGAGAAGGAUGUGCCCUGAUUAUCACCUGGAUUCAUCACCUGAUACCAAAAAUUGAAGAUGGAAAUGACUUUGGAGUAUCAGUGCAGGAAAAGUUGGUUGAACGUGUAACUGCUGUAAAAACCAAAGUAGAGACUACACAGACCAACAUCUCUAAAUAUUUUUCAGAGAGAGGAGAUGUUGUUGCCAAAGCUUCUAAAGAGACACACGUGAUGGAUUAUCGCGCUUUGGUUCAUGAGAAAGAUGAAAUCACAUUUGUAGAUCUAAAAAUAGCCUUUACUGAAGUGAGAAAUUUCUAUGUUGAAAUCUUUGACAUUAUUCUGAAGAAUUUUGAGAAAAUCACAAACCCUAAAGGAGAUGAGAAGAGUUCAAUGUACUGACAAUGUUUUUCUUCUCUAUGUCUGUAACUACUGUGAUGCACAAACACUUAUAGACCAUACAGUUUUGUACUGGAUGAAACCAAUUGAAAAAUAAUAAACUUAGUGACAGAAGUGAUUUUUGA